UUGAGGAAAAUAUAAUACAAAAAUAUCAUCUCUCUAUCUUAGUUUUUUUUUUUCGAGCCGAGUGUCUGUCGUAAACAACAUCUCUAUCGGUGUUGUUAGUCUUAUCACAAGGUAGGGAUAAAACUGCAUACACACUAUCCUCCUGAAACUCUAUUUGUGGGAUUAUAUUGGGUCUAUUAUCGUUGUUGUUGGUCUUAGUUUUUUUCCCACGAAAUAACAUGAGGAAUGAACUUUUCACUAUGCUCCUCACUUUAGUAGUACAUUUUUAGGGUUUUCAUGUAAUUCAUAGGAAGUAAACCUUUCUUUCGGAGUUUAAGUUCAAUGAUAAUAAAAAUAUUUACACAAUUAAAUCAUUAAGAUAAUUGCAGAUAACUUUAAUAACUCCGUACACCUAUAUAUGCUAGAUAUAGGUUAACUGUAUUUUGUUAUAUAUAUAGGACUACAAUAAUAAUAAUAAAUUCAGUAUAAUCUCAUAAAUGGUGUUCUAGAAGGAUAGUGUAUAUGCGGCCUAUUUUGCGAAGGUAGAAACUUUGCGAAGGUAGAGAUAUUAUUUAUAACAGAAUCUCUGUUCAAACAAAACACAGUCAUAGCAUUGGUUUAAAAAAAAAUACAGUAAUGAAAGUAACAACGGCAAGAAAAGGUGGAUUUCCAGAGCUACACAGGAGAUUUGUUCAAGCAGUAGAGCAAUUAGGUGUAGAUAAAGCAGUCCCAUCUAGGAUUUUAGAACUUAUGGGGGUUGAAGGUCUCACUCGCCAUAACAUUGCUAGCCAUCUUCAAAAAUAUAGAGCCCAUCGGAAACAUUUUCUUGCGAGAGAAGCGGAGGCGGAAAUCUGGAGCCAAAGAAAACAAAUGUACGGCGGUGCAGUCGUCGUUGGAGGUGGCGGAAAUAGAGAGAUAAACCCAUGGACGGCAGCAUCACCAACCAUGGGUUUUCCACCUAUGACGGCACCACCAAUGGUGCCGCCUCAUUUUAGACCUCUACACGUCUGGGGUCAUCCACCCACCGAUCAAUCUAUGAUGCACAUGUGGCCGAAACAUAUAACGCCUCUCCCACCAGCAUGGGCAUCGGUUGUUCCUCCUCAUUCUUCACCACCUACAGAUCCUUCCUUUUGGCAUUCACACCAUCAAAGAUUACUAAACUCUCUUGCACCAGGCACUCCUUGCUUUCCUUCACCAAUAGCGCCCACGAGAUUUCCAGUUUCGGGCAUCCCAUCCCCUGCCAUGAUCAAAGUUGUCCCCACCGGAGCACGACAAGAUCUGCCUAAACCUCCUCCUAAUUUUCAUCCCUCAAAGGAGAGCAUAGAUGCGGCCAUUGGAGAUGUUUUAGCAAAGCCAUGUCUGCCACCAUUUCCCCUCGGACUCAAACCUCCCUCAAUUGACAGUGUGUUGAAUGAAUUGCAACGCCAAGGGAUUAAUAAAAUACCUCCAACUUAAGUUUAUGAGUUUCAAGCUGCGGGGGUGGAAUUAAAUUUUUUGGGUAUUAAUUUCUUGGAUCGCUAAGAAUUAAACCCUUCAAUUCGACGACAUUUCUUGCACUUGAUGCAUGAAGAUGAACUCAAUAAUGGAAAAAAUCAUCUAUAAUGCGAGUAUUUUCCUCCUAACUUCUUGUACUCUUUUGUUCUUGUUUCCUUUUGCACAAGAACAAUGAUUUAACUUAACAAUGGGUUUGCACAUGCAUGGAAUGGUCACUUGUGACUAUUAUGUCACCAAUUUGAGA